CCCAGCGUGUCCCCAGGGCCAUGGCCAACAGCCCCGACCUGUACGAGACCCUGGAGAUCCGGUACCCGCCCCCCCGGGCCCGCGGGGACCCCGGGCCGCCGCCACCGGCGAUGUCCCCGCGGUGUCGCGCGUGUCGCCGGGCGCUGGGCACGGCCGCGCUGCUGCUGCUGGCGGCGGGGCUGGCGGCGCUGGCCGCCCUCUACGUGCAGGGCCGGGGGGAGCUGCGGGCGGCGCGGGCGGAGCUGGCAGCGGCCACCGACCCCCUGUGGCACAACCCCGACGGUGACACCCCUUCAGCGGCACAGCGGCGGCAGGACCAGCUCGGGCAGUGGCUGCAGGCGCUGGCGCUGGGCUGGCGCUACCACCGGGGCAAGAUUUACCUGUUCUCGGGCCAGCGGCAGCCCUGGGCCGCGGCCGAGGCCGCCUGCGCGGUGACACACGCGCACCUGGCCACUGUCACCAGCGCCGAGGAGCAGGCCUACCUGGCCCGGGAGGCCCGAGGUGGCACCUACUGGAUCGGGCUGGCGGCCACGGGCCCGGGGGGCGCCUGGCGCUGGUCGGACGGGACCCCCUAUUCCCCCGACCACAGUUUCUGGGCUCCAGGCCAGCCGGACAGCACCGACCACGGCCGCUGGGGCGGCGAGCGCUGCGUGCAGAUCCACCCGGUGGGCGCGGGGCUCUGGAACGACCACAACUGCAACUUCAGCUUCCCCUGGGUGUGCCAGAGGGACCUCAGCGUCCCCUGAGCGUCCCCGCGGCGGCGGCACCUCGGAGAGUUGUCCCCAAGGAGGGGUUGGGGGGAGCUCUGGGAAUUGUGGGGUGAUCCCAUUAAUGCUGGAUGAUUCCUGGAUCUGGGGGAUCAGAUACCUCCAAAACUGUGGGGUGAUCCCAGUCAUAUCGAGGAGGUUCAAUUGCCCAAAAAUCAGUGGGAUGACCCCUCCAAAACUGUGGGAUGAUCUCUCCAGAAGAAUGGGAUAAUCCCUCUUACCCUUUCAGAUGAUCCCUCCCAUCCUGUGGGGUGAUCCCACUCAAUUCCAGGAGGUUCAAUCCCCCAGAAAUUACUGUGUUGAUCCCUCUUUAUAUUAUGGGAUGAUCCCUCCAAAACUGUGGGAUGAUCCCUCCAGAGGAAUUGGGAUGAUCCCACUCUUAUCCAGGAGAUUCAAUCCCCCAAAAAUCAGUGGGAUGAUCCCUCCAAAACCUGUGGGAUGAUCUCCCAAAUCCAGAGGGCUCAUCCCCCCUAUCCAAGGGUCCAGAUCCACCCGGUGGGCGCGGGGCUCUGG